AAAAAAAAGAUUGCAGCACCACAAUUUCGCAUAUGGUCUCCCACUACACUACUCAGUGUGGCCCUAUGCAGUUUAACUAACGUUGAUCGGACGGGAAACAGUGCUUUCUGCAUGGUAUGGCCGCAACCGAAAUUUUAUCUUAAAGAUAAUAUAUAUAGUUUAAAGGUAACAUUAUUUCGUUUUUGUCCUUCGCUCAAAUUCAGGAAUUGA